UCAGCGCGGCAGCGGCGGCGGCGGCGGCAGCAGGGUAUUAAUUCUGGAUAUGAGGGCUCUCCGCAACAUUUGGUUCUUUUUUUCCAGAAAGGAAAGAUGGAAAAGGGGAGGGAUCGCCCGUGAGUCUGACUGACAGUUUACAUAAUGAGCUUGUGAGGAUGCGAGGCAACUAUAUAAACAGCUCGAAGGGAAGCAAGUUUUCCAUUUACUGAGCGCUGUUAGCACCGGUUAAAGGAGGAGCGGUUCCACACAAGCACUCCCCUCCGCGUCUCUCACCAAACCCACCCGGCUUUGGAGUUUAUAAAGGCGACGACAGCGAUCAGAGGUCGGCGGCUGGCUGCAGGAUUAAUUCCCAGAAGGGGACGGAUCGACACCUGGAUUUUACCUUCCGAUUUCUGCUGGCGCUCGGGGAAUAUUUGGAAGAGUAGGUUGCUGCAGGAGAAUCGCCGUGACGCCUCCCUUUUCUCCCUCAACCGAGAAGCGCUUCCUUGGACCAUUCGAGGAAUACAGGAGGAAAACUAAACCCACUGAGAACUGGCAGCUUGAAUAACACAAGGAUGACAGCCUUGCGCAUCUUUGGCUUGACGUUUCUGUUAAUGAUUUUGCAGCAGAGGGUGUCCGGCUCUGGCGUCUUCCAGCUGGAGCUGCACGAAUUCGUGAAUAGCCACGGGUCUCUGGCCAGCGGGAAGCCCUGCUCCCCCCACUGCAGGACCUUCUUUCGCGUUUGUUUGAAGCAUUUUCAGGCAGUGGUCUCCCCGGGCUCCUGCACUUUCGGCAGCAUCAUCACCCCGGUUCUGGGAAUAAACUCCUUCAGCGUCAAGGAUACGGAGAGAUUUGACAGCCCCAUUAAGUUGCCCUUUAACUUCACGUGGCCGGUGAGAUUCCGCUUUAGACCCGAUUGCGACGGUGGGGCAGGAGGGCGGCAAGGGAAGGCUAAUCGCAGCGCGCUGUUAAUCUGUAAUGUAAACAAACUACUUUCGCCUUUAGACUUAUUUCCAGAACUUCCUUUAAAGAAAAAAAAAGCCCUCGUCUGCGCUGACGGGGCGUUCGCGUGGGAUAGGGCCAUCUGUCUGUCUGGAUGUACUGAACAGAAUGGAUAUUGCAACAAGCCUGGAGAGUGCAUCUGUCGUCCCGGUUGGCAAGGCCGCUACUGUGAUGAAUGCAUUCCCCAUAUAGGCUGCCGCCACGGGACUUGUAAAACACAAUGGCAGUGCAUAUGUGAUGAAGGAUGGGGUGGCCUCUUCUGUGAUCAAGAUCUGAACUACUGCACUCACCACAGACCAUGCAAAAACGGAGCAACGUGCAUGAACACUGGCCAGGGCAGCUAUACGUGUUCCUGCAAACCUGGCUUUACCGGUGUUGACUGCGAACACGAGAUCAGCGAGUGUGACAGCAAUCCCUGUAGGAAUGGCGGUAGUUGCACGGACAUGGAGAAUGGUUAUCACUGCCUGUGCCCCCCUGGCUACUAUGGCACUCACUGUGAGCACAGCGCUUUGACCUGUGUAGAUUCACCGUGCUUUAACGGUGGCACGUGCUUGGAAAAAGAACAAGGGGCCAGCUACACUUGCAUUUGCCCUUUCGGCUUCACAGGGUCAAACUGUGAAAAAAAAGUAGACAGGUGCACAAGCAACCCAUGUGCAAAUGAUGGUAAUUGCUUUUACCUUGGUCAGAUUCGUGUGUGUCGUUGUCGGGCUGGUUUCUCUGGUCAGAAAUGUGAGAUAAACAUCAAUGAUUGUGCCAGAAACCCAUGUUCCAAUGGGGGAACUUGUCAUGAUCUGAUCAACGAUUACACCUGCACGUGCUUGCCAGGCUACAGUGGCAGGAACUGUGACAUCAAAACCAGAGAUGAGUGUGCUUCUGGGCCAUGUGAGAAUGGAGGCACGUGCUACAGCGGACUUUAUAGUGCCAACUUUGUCUGCUACUGUCCUUCUGGCUUCAUGGGCAACCGUUGCGAAUUGCCAGUUUAUUCAGUGCCCGUUACACUUCCUCCUAAACCAGUCCCCUGGAUUGCUAUAUCCAUGGGGGUGGGGCUGGUGGCUUUGCUCAUACUGUUCUGCAUGAUAGCAAUGGUCAUCAGGCAGAUGAGGAUGCACCCAGAGCAGGACUUGGAGACAAUGAACAACCUGUCUGACUUCCAGAAGGACAAUCUCAUUCCAGCUUCCCAGCUCAAAAACACCAAUAAAAAUAAAGACCUUGAAGUGGACUGUGGGCUGGAGAAAUCAAACUACAAACCCAAGAAUCAUAAACUGGACUACAAUCUGGUAAAAGACCUGACAAGUAGAGGGACACAGGAAGAUAAAUAUUACAAAAGUGAAAAGUGUUUAGGAGAAAAGUCUCCCCUCCGACUACACAGUGAAAAGCCGGAAUGUAGGAUAUCAGCGAUAUGCUCUCCGAGGGAUUCGAUGUACCAGUCUGUCUUUGUGAUAGCAGAAGAAAGGAAUGAGUGCAUCAUAGCCACAGAGGUAUAAGACUGAAGAUCAGCCCAUUUGCACCUCAGAUUUGGUAAUGCCAGUAGAUGGACGUUCCUGCUGCAUUGUUUACAAUUCAGAACUGGAUUGGACUGUUUUUAAUUACAUGCAACUUGCUGCUCUCAGGCGGAGGAUGGAACUGGGUGAACUGGACAGACUGUGAAUUUACUGAAAGAUGCAAUACACCUUUUUGUUCUUACUGCCCUUGUUUGAAGUUUGAUACCAGAAUCUCAUUGGCUAUAGAAGAGGGGAGGCAGAAGGAAGAGAGAGGCGUUAAAAAUGUUGUUGUUUCAAUUUGUUUUCAAAAGAUACUGAGGCCAGUUCCUCAUGGACAGACCCCUGGCUUUCCAGAACUCUGGUUAUGGGAGGUGCCGGUAGAUGAGGAGGCACUUAACUAUCACAGAUGUUGCCGUGGAAGGUGUGAAGAAAGACACAUUGCUGUGCAGAUAAUGGAUACAGUAUAAACGAGGUCUCCAUUUUUUUCUGGGUUUAAAAGUGCCUAAAAUGUGUCAAGAGAAUCUAACAAGCCCAAACAGAGACUUGACUGCUCUUUUUGCAGUUACCUGAACAGUAUUGGGCAGGGGUGGUUGAUACUUCCUGCUACACAUCUACGUGCGUCUCCUCUCUCCUGCUGCAUGUACUGGGGACUGUGUAAGGGGCGAGACGAGGAAGGAAAGAGGAAUAUCGAAUUUACAUGUCAUCUCAUAUGGUGAUGCUUUGGAGAACUGAUUGACCCAAGCCACAAUAUGGGACGGGAUUUUUGUGGAUUUAAACAUUGGAGAAGGAAAAGUUGUGAUAAGGAAUGUGUACUGCCUCUUCCCCAUUGAUAAGGAGGAGGCGUGAUCCCAGCUCUAUUUAAAGCCUUACAAAUGCGUUUAAAAUCAAUCAGCUCCUAGAACCUUUAUGUGCUGAGCUGUCUCAGCUGUUUUCAUGCCCUUUGCACUACCAGUGAUUGUGAAUAGACAUUACUUUUUUCUUCUCCUUCCUCAUUCUCUCCCUCCUGCCUUAUUUUGACACAAAUUUGGGGGUUUAUGUCAUGUUUCUGAAUUAGGUGACACCUUCUACUGCAAAUAGUCUCAAAAUUGCAGCUGUUACUUUCUGAAGAAGCAGCAGUGUGACCCCGCCCAUUUCUCCAUCUGGUUGCAAAACUCCAGCUCCUGUCCUUCAUCCCGGUUCCAAAUGCCCGAUAGCGAAGCACCCACUGAGAUGCCCUCUGCCAAGACAGGUGGAGAUUAGAGUUAGAAGGGUCUAGGCUCGUCCUGUUUCUUUCAUACCCUCCCACCUCUACAGGGAAAAGGGGAAGCCUGCCUCUGGAAAGCAGAGGCGUGCAGAAACUCUUUUCUUAUAUACGUAUUUACAGCAAUAAUACUGGACACCCCAGUGGAAAGUGCUGUGCCGCUAAUGAGAUGAGACCGUGGGGUGGGGCAGAAUGAGGAGGGAGGAAACAAGACCUCUUCGAAGAAACCUGGACCGUGCUAUCUCUCGGACAGCGAUAUUCCUGCCCUUGUAAAUCCUGUUGUUGGACUAGCCCAUCUACUGCCUUGAACUGUGCAGACAAGACCCCUUCAUAAUGUCCACUACUGACCUUCUGCUCUGACCACAUAGGACCAUUUUGAAGAUGACCUUCAGAAAUCAAUAAUAUGGGGUUUAGUUUGUCUGUUUGUAGUUUAUUUUGAAGACUAGUACUUCAGUAAUUUAAAAAAAAUCAGAAGCACUGAACUUUCUACGUUUUAUAACAUUAUUUUGUAUAUAAUGUAUAUUUAUAAUCAAAACAGAAGUGUAAAUAUGUUUAUUACUUCUCAUGUAAUGUUUUUAAUGUGAUGACAAAGUUUGAAUUUUAUUUUUUUUUUCAAGCAAUGAAAAUACUUUCC